CAAAAAUGGCUAACAAUCGUGUACGUAUUGUUAUUGUUGGCGAUUCAGGGGUGGGAAAGACCUGCCUGACCCAUCUGAUUGCCCACAAUGAGUCGUUGACACGCCCAGGCUGGACGGUGGGCUGCAACAUCCAAGUGAAGAUCCAUCAGUUCAAGGAGGGCACAGCCCGGCAGAGCCAGUAUUUCGUGGAGCUCUUCGAUAUUGGCGGUUCGCUGAGCCACAAGAAUACACGCGGCGUCUUCUAUUCUGGCGUACAUGGCAUUAUCUUGGUUCAUGAUCUGACGAAUGGCAAGUCGCAAGAGCAGCUGCUCGACUGGCUGCACGAGAUACUCAACAAGGAGGGCAAGGAUACGUACAAGUCGCGUGGCAGUUCAAUGCCGCCAUCACCGUUGGCCAACUAUUCCACAGACUCUUCCUUCCACGUCCGUUUCGACUUGGAGGAGUUCCUGGGCGCCACACAAACACCCAUUCUGGUGAUGGGCACCAAGCUCGAUCUCAUCGAUGAGAAGCGUCAACCCAAGACGGCUCUGAAAAAAGCUGGUGGCAUAGCUGACAAAUGUGGAGCCGAAGAGAUCUGGCUGAACUGCAGAGAUACGCGAAGUCUGGCGGCCGGCACCACAGAUGCCGUAAAGCUAUCACGCUUCUUUGACUGUGUCAUCGAGAAGCGUGAAUCCAUUGGCUGCUCUGGGUCACAUUAUUAUGGAUCUGGAUCGGGAUCUGGACCAGCAGGGGCAGACAGACGUCGGCCCCCCAGCACGGCCACGCAAGCGGCAGAGUAUUCCCUGUAUGGCGGCUCCUCCAUCGAUGCGGCCAGCGUUAUGCCGUUCCUCGAGACCAGUGACCUCAAGUGACUGACUGACAGGCGUCCGGUGUGUCUUAUGUUUAGCUUUUAGACAAAAUGGAAUGUGAUUAAUUAAAUGUUAUAUUGUACACACAACACACUUUACUUUUCAAUUAAAAAAUGCAUGAAUUAUCCAACGAGA